AAGUCGCGGCAGGAGCGUCGGAACCGGAAGGGCCUGAGUUCUCGGGAUCCCUGCGCCCCAGAACCCCAGCCCGACACACGACUUGCCUCAAAUCACCACUAGAGCUGCCGCCCCUCCUCCACCCAGGGGCUCCGAUUUCAGACUCCGCGACCCGGACUGCAGCUGCCCAGGACUUGGGGGGAGGGGAAGAGGCAUCCCCCCUCUGGCCGCUGAGGUCGUUCCAUUCCUUCUUCCAAUUUACCAUCCCUUCCCCCAGAUCCUUCUUGAGUCCCCCGAUGCAGGAUUGGGGAUAAGCAGAGGCCAAAGCAAAAAGACCUGCCAUCCCUCUGGCUACCUCUUGGAGCCCAUCCAGCCCAGCCUGACCAAUGUCCACAGCCAGGGAGCAACCCAUCUUCAGCACACGGGCACACGUGUUCCAGAUUGAUCCCACCACCAAGAGGAACUGGAUCCCUGCGGGCAAGCAUGCGCUCACCGUCUCCUACUUCUACGAUGCCACCCGCAAUGUUUACCGGAUCAUCAGCAUCGGGGGUGCCAAGGCCAUUAUCAACAGCACCAUUACCCCCAACAUGACCUUCACCAAAACCUCCCAGAAGUUCGGGCAGUGGGCAGACAGCAGAGCCAACACUGUCUAUGGCCUUGGCUUUGCUUCGGAGCAGCAUCUGACCCAGUUUGCUGAGAAGUUCCAAGAAGUGAAGGAGGCAGCCAGGCUCGCUCGGGAAAAAUCUCAGGAUGGUGGAGAGCUCACCAGUCCAGCUCUGGGGCUCACAGCCCACCACGUGCCCCCGAGUCCCCUCAUCAGUACCAACGGCCCCGGUGACGAGAAACUGUUCCGCAGUCAGAGCGCAGACGCCCCGGGGCCAGCAGAGCGCGAGCGGCUCAAGAAGAUGCUGUCUGAGGGCUCGGUGGGAGAGGUGCAGUGGGAGGCCGAGUUCUUCGCACUGCAGGACAGCAACAACAAGUUGGCGGGCGCCCUGCGGGAGGCCAACGCCGCUGCUGCCCAGUGGAGACAGCAGCUGGAAGCCCAGCGCUCGGAGGCUGAGCGGUUAAGGCAGCGAGUGGCUGAGCUGGAGGCCCAGGCAGCCACAGAGCAAACCCCCGUCAGUGAGAAGGAGGGGCUGUGCCAGUCCCUGGAGCAGCUGGAGGCACUGGUGCAAACCAAGGACCAGGAGAUUCAGACACUGAAGAGCCAGACUGGUGGGACCCAUGAGGUACCAGAUGCCACAGAACGUGAGGAGACACAGCAGAAAGUGCAGGACUUGGAGACCCGAAAUGUGGAGCUGGAGCACCAGCUGCGAGCAACAGAGCGCAGCCUGGAGGAGGCGCGGGCUGACCGGGAGCGGGCGAGGGCCGAGGUGGGCCGGGCCGCACAGCUGCUGGACGUCAGGCUGUUCGAGCUGAGCGAGCUGCGGGAGGGCCUGGCCCGCCUGGCUGGGGGAGCACCCUGAGCCAGGCCUUCAGAAGCUGCUUUACACAAACCAGGCCUGCCUGGCACAUGGGCUGGGCCGCGGGCGGCACAGUGGGCCGUUCGCCCUGGCUGGGACUAGGGCUGACUCAGCCCGGGGAGGGCCUGGUCAGAGUGCCCAGCUGGUCCCGGCUCUCUCGCUCAGGGGCUGGUUUUGAGCUUUUCAUCGUGUAGAAUUUCUAGCAUCCCCGGGGCAUGCGCUGGCGCCAAGAUUACAUUUCUA